GGCUCAGGAGUGGAGCUUUUAGCAAAGAUCGAGAGUGUAGGUUGACGGCGUUGGUGAUCAGAUAAGAUGAACACGGACAUCACAGCAUCGGCGAAGCCGGAGUAUCCAGUGAUAGAUCGUAACCCACCUUUCACCAAAGUGGUCGGCAACUUCAGCAUCCUCGAUUACUUCCGUUUGACAACCAUAACUGGCGUCUCUGUUACCGUCGGCUAUCUUUCCGGGAUUAAACCGGGCUUGAAAGGCCCAUCGAUGGUCACGGGAGGGUUGAUAGGGCUAAUGGGAGGGUUCAUGUACGCCUACCAGAAUUCUGCAGGGAGGCUCAUGGGGUUUUUCCCUAAUGAGGAUGAGGUUGCUCGUUACCAGAAACGAGGGUUCAAUUAGAAAACGGUCAGUGAUUAGGGUUUCUUUUUCUUUGUCUGUGUUCUAUGAAUUUGUUUCUCCGACAAAGAACAGUUUUUUUUUUUUACUUGUGGUGAUAUUGAAAGUUAAUAAAUUGGAAUGUUGUGAACAACUUUGCUGUUGAUGAUGUAUUAUGGAUGGAGAAUUGAACAAUGUGAUUACUGGAUUAAGGUUUGAGAAUUUCGUUUUCUUC